AUGUCUAUCCAGAAAAGUUACCACCGUAUCUGCACUGGUGUUGCCCUCGAGACCGUUCAAAACCAUUCAGCUGCACAAGAUAUCACCCUCUUUAGCAGCUGUUUUUCUCCCUCUGCCCAACGUGUGUGGACCGCAAUGGAGUACCUGGGGAUACCUUACCAAUACUGUAGGAACGAGGUCGAUAUGCGGAAGAGAGACGACCUGCUGGAAAUUUCGCCCAAGGGACUUGUACCGGCACUCAAACUGCACAACCGCACACCAACGCGUGGAUUACAUGAAAGCACAGUCAUACUUGACUACCUCGAAGAGCUGGCGGCCCAAUCCACAAAUUUAAGUUUGCUUCCCAAAGACCCAUACGCUCGCGCUCUCGUCCGUCUCCAAUGCGACCACGUCAAUCGGGCCAUCGUACCGUACUACUACCGCUUCCUGCAAGCACAGGGGGAUUGUGCUCAAAUGGAAGCCGAGAAUGAUUUUCGGCAAGCGUUGGGGAGUCUAGUCGCGUUGCUCGAGCGAGCGGAAGACGAAGUCGUCGGAUGUGGAGCGGAGUUGAACCUCGAUCAACAGAAGGCACGCGUUGCAGGGCUUGGGCUCUGGAACGACGGGGGGAGUAUGAACCUUACGGAUGUCAUGGUCGCUCCAUUUGUGUUCCGGGCCAGCAACGUUUUGAAGUACUACCGAGGGUUCGAACUCCCGAAUGAGCCGAAGUUCAGGGCCUGGACAACCCGCUUGUUCGAACAUCCGGCAUUUAAGGCAACGUGCAGCACAGAAGAGCUCUAUAUCGACAGCAGCGAAGGAUAUGCCCAAAAUCGGCCGAACAUCAGUAAAAUCGCCAACGCCAUAAACUCCGGCAGACCUCUACCUUGA